AAACCAUAAUACAAAAAGAAGAAACAUACAUUAACAAAAUGGCAGCUAAUCUAGAGUGGUUUGAUAGUGAUGUAGAAGAAGAUUACAUAGACAUGGAAGUCACUUCUUUCACUAACCUCGUACGCAAAGCUCUCAACAACAGCAACAACAACAACCCUAGAGAGUUUGAGUUCCAAAUGUCUCAUCUAUGUCCUCUCGACAUAGACAAAACUACUUCUCCUGCAGAUGAACUCUUCUACAAAGGCAAGCUUCUCCCUCUUCACUUACCUCCACGUCUCCAAAUGGUUCAAAAGCUUCUUGAAGAGUACACCUUUGACCAAGAAUUCUACAGCACACCUUUAGCUACCGGAACAGUUACAACUCCGGUGACAAGCAACACCCCUUUUGAGUCUUGCACCGUCUCUCCGGUAGAUUCUUGCCAAGUGAGUCAAGAGCUUAACCCUAAGGACUACUUUCUUGGUUCAUUGGAGAAUGAUGAGAAGAAGAAAUCUUGGGGCAAGAAACUGAGAUUGAUCAAACACUUGAGUUUUGGAACGAAGAUUAAAGCUUCAAGAGCUUAUCUAAGAUCAUUCUUUGGGAAGUCAAGUUGUUCUGAUGAGUCAAGAGUUGCUGAUGAAGGAUCUAUGUUGAGGUAUUCCAGAGCAGAGAGACCUAAAAAGCAGAGUAAUGGUUCUGUUCCUGGGAGCCAUAGGAGAUCCUUUUCGGUUUCUAUGAGGAGUCAGCAUGUGAAGAGUUCGAACAGCAAGUCAUCGACUAGUUUAGGGUUUCGUCCUUUGCAGUUUUUGAAGAGAAGUACUAGCUCGAGUUCAGAGAUUGAGAAUUCUAUUCAAGGAGCUAUCUUGCAUUGCAAGCAAUCUCAGCAACAGAAGCCGAAGCAGUACAGUGUUAAUGAGGUUGGCUUCUAUUCGUUGUCAGCUUCAAAAUAUUCAGUGGCAGGUGAUCAAGAGCGGGCUCAGAUGUUUAGGGGUUAACUAAAUAAUUAAAUUGAACAUGAAGAUGAAGAGAAGAAAAUAAGGAAUGAGUGAGAGUGAGAGAACUGAAGAUUAGAUUCUUUGUUUUCUUUUUGUUUGUACUCUUAUUUUGCUUAUUUGUUUUUCUAUGAAAUUUCAUAAAUUCCUAAUGCCAUUUUCGUGUAAAGAUAAAUAAAUAUGAUUAAAAUCUUUGUUUUAGAUUCAAAUCACUUGUGGUUUGAAGUUUUAGAUUCAAUUCCAAUUUCAAAAUGCAAAUUGAUGCAGGUGUCUACCACAAUCUGAA